AUGAAGCCCAAGGAUUUCGAAAUUCGUCUUGCGGGGAGGCAAGGAGAUAAUCCUGUGGAUGGUCUCUUGGGUAUUGAUGACUGUGCGCUGGAAUUGAAAAAGGUGGAAUUUGGUGAGUUAGCAUGCCAUUACGAUUCGAUGGCAGUCACAUCUGAAUCUUCGCAUAUUUCGCCAGAGAUUGUGAUUUACGAAUACGGAGAAAUCAGGAUCAAAUCUAGCACCCAGACUUCGCGCGACAUUAACGUCGAGAAGAUCCUAUUUCAUGGACGGGUCGUUCCCGCUUUCCUUGUCCACCGCUUCAACAUCCCAACGAACCUUCCGGGGGCAAUUAAAUGCCACAAGGAUCCUGCGAGCGUCGUUUGGAAACUAAACAUUUGCGUCAGCAGAAAAAAACCCACAUUCUCGCAUGACCCACACAUCGAGAGUUACCAAUACUCCGGGGCAAGGUCGUUCCUUCCACAUACAUUAAUAACACAACCGCAUAUUCUGCAAGGUCGAGAUGACAAACGAGGGGUUGCAUGGGAUAUAGAAUUUCCCCGGUCUUUUUUUGCAGCGGGCGAAUGUCUCUCUGGAAAGAUUACUUUGAGACGAUUUAGCGCGAAAAGCAAAUUUAGUUUACGAAAUUUGUACUUUGAACUCUCAGAGCAUGUCAUAACCCGCGCGUCUGCCAUCGCCGCAUAUGGUGAUGUACAAGAAUACCGUGGUUCCCGAACGCUAGUCAAGUCGAAGAUCGUUGUUGAUCACUCGUUCGGCAGUGAUGGCAGCCUAGCAGUGCAACUACCCAUGUCCCUACCACAAGACUGCACACCUGACUACUCCGGGCCACAUGUAUUCGUGAUGCAUCGGGUGGUGAUAAAGACUAAAUCAAAGCACGGAGUGGAGGCUGACCAUCUUACCCAAUUUCCACUGCGGAUCGUGGCGGUUGCCUUUGAAGAGCGAGUACGCCUCACAUCCGGAAAGAAGGGUACUGAAAUUAGUUCGAGGCGAAAGGAUGCUGACGACCCAGCGCCCGCUUACAUAGAAAAGGUUAUGGCAAUGGCCGGUGCGGUUUACGACCAGCCUCCGCCACCGUUUUCACCCAAGCUAUGA